AUGGGACUGCAAAAAGAAAUUAAACAUUUAGAAAGUCGCCUUGCAAAGAUCCAAGAAUUAAAUAAAGAUUUAAAUCAAGAAGCUGAGAUAUGCAAUGCACUUGGUGAACUAUAUUUCAGAAAUGGGGAAUACCGCAAAGCUGUAAAAAUUCAUCGUGAAGAGCUGAUAUUAUGUGAGGCCCUAAAUGAUAGACUUGGUGUGGCCAUUGCAAAUAGAAAAAUCGGCGAAAAUUUAUGUGAAUUACGACAGUUCGAUCAAGCUUUAGAUCAUGUCAAAGAGCAUCUUAAAAUCGCUAGAGAAGUUGCAAGGCAUGUAUACUAUUAA